CUCAAUGAUGCAUUUGCAUCAGACGACACCGUGCCCCGAAUACUGCCCAAAUCCAUUUACCGCAUGCCAGAAAGACCAUCAGCAACACCAUCACGAGCGACUUCAGCACCACCUUCAGGUGUUUCUUCACCGUCGACGGAUGCCACUCAUGUACGACGGACCUCGGACGAAUCCAUGUCAGCGCAGUCUCCCGGGCGGUCUCCCAACGGAAGAGCAUAUGCGCCCAUGGCUGCGGCAUUUGUACGUGUCGCUCGCGAAGUCCAGAUGGUGAAUUCGGCCCCCAAUCAGCUGAAUCGGGAGAGCAGUGGGAGCAGCAGGCCCGGGCUCGAAGCGGAAUUGAGGCUGUUUGACGGACCCGCCUGA